CUCGAAAUACGAGUUCCGGCUUUCGAAUCAAAACGUUGACACUGUGGGAUUUGAUGCUCUCUCUCGAGUCUCACAACGAGGAAGAAGAAGAAGAAGCAUGCCGCGUUAUCGUUAAGGUUCCUCGCUUUCUGCUCAUCAAAUUUGGAACCGUUUUUGUCUUCUCCACAUACCAAUAUCUGCCUGAGGUUUCGAUAAACUAGUGCCUCGGGUUUUAAGAUAGUAUUUACUUGUGAGAACAUAGGGAAAAAAGGCUCUUCUUGCGUAUUCUCUCUAGUGUGUGAAGGAGAAGAUGCCCCAGAAGCGAAAUCUUCCUUCUUGGAUGAGUUCAAGGGACCCUGACAUUAGUCCAGCUGGUAAGUCUCAUAGUAAGAAACCCAAGGAUGAUGAACACGAUCAAGAUGAUAAGCAUAUCAAAGAGCAUACCAGUAGAAAUGCCUCUUCCAACAGUUCAGAACACGGGCGAAUGUCACCUGAGCCAAGUUCAAAUACCACGGAAUUCUCUAAACUUAUGGAUGGAGUCAUUUUUGUGCUGUCGGGUUUUGUUAACCCUGAGAGAAGCACACUUAGAUCACAGGCCUUGGCAAUGGGAGCCACUUAUCAACCUGACUGGAACUCUGACUCUACGUUGUUGAUUUGUGCUUUUCCUAACACUCCCAAGUUCCGUCAAGUUGAAACUAACUCUGGAACAAUAGUCUCAAAGGAAUGGAUAACUGAGAGUUAUACGCAGAAGAAGUUGGUGGGUAUUGAGCAAUACCUUAUGCAUGCUGGAAAACCAUGGAGGAAAAGCAGUGUUCUUCAAGCUGCUAUCCGAGAAAAGAGCGAACAAGUGUCUAAGAAACCAGAGAAGCAAGUAGAGAAAAAACCAGCAACAAGGGGAACACCAUCUACCUCAUCCAAGAGUAGAUCAGUUUGCAAUCUCGUGAAAGAGCCAUUAUCCGUUACGGAUGUUGAGAAAUGGGCCAGGGAUGACUUAACUCAAACCAUCUCAUGGCUAGAAAGUCAGAGGGAGAAACCAGAACCAGGUGAAAUCAAGCGAAUAGCUGCUGAAGGAGUCUUAACCUGUUUACAAGACGCCAUAGAUUCUCUUGAGCAGAAGCAGGACAUUGGAGCAGUUGCAGAGCUAUGGAGCUUUGUCCCUCGUGUGGUGAAGGAGCUUGGAAAGAUGGAAUCGUCUUCUAAAAGAGAAAACUCCACAGCUUCAAAGGAAGAACUUUGCAAAAGAGCAAAGUCCUGGAAAAAGAUUUACGAGGCUGAGCUAGCAAAACCGGGGAGAACAAGAAGCAGAGAGACCUCUCGGGUUGCUGGUGGCUAUGACAGUGACGAGACCGUUGAAAUGACUGAAGAAGAGAUCGAAGUUGCUUAUAGGAACGUUUCUUUAGAGUCUCUUUAAUUCAAACUUAAUGCAAUUUGCAGAACCACGAGACGUGUGGUUUAUUCGGUUUGUUUCGGUUCGAGUGGAAUAAUACUGUUUAAAAAAUUGAAAUUAUACCAGUCUGCUUGGUUAAUACAAUUUUUGACUGAUGUGGUCAGUUAGGGUGA